CACUGUGCUGGCACACUAUGCUCCUCAACUGUGAAAAAGAGUUGCGGAGUAAGAAGAGCUCUUUUAGCUUUAAAAUACCGUCGUUUGUGGAGUUGGUUUUUUUUUUUAUUCUCAUGGACAAUUGCAGCAUUUUAUAUUCCAACACAGAAAAGUUUUGUUUUGCUUAUUUUGAGGUAUGUCAAAUAAUUACCAGAAGUCUGGAAAGUCCUGGAAAAUGCUCGAAUUUAAGGAGGACAUUAAGAGAAAUCGGAGAGAAGAAGAGGAGAAAUCCCCAGAAGGACUGACAUCGAGGGAAGAAGUUUCAGUCGGACGGUUUAUACAAACACAAAGUGGAGAGGAUUUUUCAAAGAUGGAGGACACAGUAGAAGAGGCGGUACAGGAUAGGAGGAGCGGAAAGACAUAAGAUGGCGUGAGGACCAAAGCCGGUGGUUGGUUUGAUCUGAGCCACGUGUGCGUUCACAGCCACGUCUCUUCACCGCUUCAUGGAUGUCGACUAAAACGUCGGGUUCCUCCGAUGGCCGGCGUCUUUCGGUCUCUGACCAGGUAGUGCAUCGUGCAGUGCAGGUUUGCGGCUCAGCAACUGAUCUAGAGGAACAAACGAACCAAGCGCUGCCCAAACAAGGCAUGAAACCGAAAAAAUGACUGUGAAUGUCAACAGUACUCGAACGAACAAGACCUACUGACAAUGUCAUGACUCUGCUCGAGGAUGUGCUUCAACCGGGGAUUCAGACCGAAGAACGAGCUCUUCCUCCUGAACAAACGAUGUCCAUGAAAUCUGCACUAUCGUCGGCCAUGAGUAUAACUGGAAGCUGAUAGCAUGUGAUCAACGGCACUGGGAGACCCCGGCAACACCACCUUCCGUAAAAUCCUAGUUGUCUUUGUAAAGAAAAAAUGGCCGAUGCGGGUCCCCGACUUUGGAAACAGGACGAGUUCCAGCAAGCGGAUUUUCUGACGUCAGAGUUAGCAUCACUGCGUCUCAUGGACGAGAAGAGCAACCAAAUAGGGGAUGAGCCUGACCUUUUUGCAUGUCCUCCAGUGACGUCAUCGUGGUGCAGCCAAUCACAACAGGAGUCUGACAUAGCUUCAGCUACAUGCUCUAAUCAGUCACCAGCAGAUCAAGAGUUCGUGGAAUCGAGGAUGAGCCGAAAUGACAGCGAGGCUCGGUCUACCGCUUUGACGCCUUUCCUGCAGGACCUUUCCACCAUCGCCGCCGCCGCCGCUGCUGAUGAUAACGAUGUGUUUCAAGACAUAGGAAACGUCCCCAAGGAAGACGAGAUCCAACCCAAGGAUAUCUUCACUACGGCGAUGGCAGCAUGUGAUUCCUGCAACGAGCAAAAACAGCUGGUUGAUGCAGAGUGGUACUGGGGCAACAUCUCAAGAGACGAAGUGAACAGGAUGAUGAGGAACACACCCGAUGGUACAUUCUUAGUCCGGGAUGCUUCUACCAAGGUCAAAGGAGAAUACACUUUAACACUAAGGAAAGAUGGCUCCAAUAGACUGAUAAAGAUCUUCCAUCAUGGAGGAAAGUACGGUUUCUCUGAGCCAUUGACUUUCCUUUCAGUCGUGGAUCUUAUUCAGUAUUACCAGGACAGAUCACUGGCCCAGUACAACUCUAAACUGGAUACCAGGUUGCUGUUUCCUAUCUCCAAAUAUCUGCUGCAAGUGAUGGAGGUUGACAUUGACGCAGUCGGCGAACGGCUCAAGUUAUUUCAGGACCAUUACGAAGAGAAGAGCAGAGAGUACGACCGUCUCAACAAGGAGCUUAACCAAACAUCACAGGAAUUGCAGACUAAACGGAUGGCCAUUGAGGCUUUCAGUGAAAUCAUUCGGAUUUUUGAGGAGGAGUGUGAAACCCAAGAACGCUACAGCAAGGAAUACAUUGACAUGUUCCUGAAAUUAGACAACAAUACGGAAACUGACAAGAUUCAGAAUAACUCUGAUGAUCUGCAGUCAAGGGUGGAGGAGAUACACAACAGCAAAAUGAUGCUGGAGGACGAAUUGAGGAGCAAAGUCCUGGCCCACAUGGAGGUGGACAGGAAAAUAAACCACCUGAAACCAGACCUGGUCCAGCUCAGGAAGAUCAGAGAUCAGUAUUUGAUAUGGCUCUCACAGCAAGGAACCAGUCAGAGUCAGAUUAAUGACUGGCUUGGAGUACGGAUUGAAGAGGACCCGUACACCCUGGCAGAUUGCACCCACCACGAGGAGAGGACCUGGUACGUUGGAGGUAUGACUCGGAAGGAGGCAGAGGAGCUCCUGAAGGGCAGGAGAGACGGCACUUUCCUUAUCAGAGAUAGCCAAAGUCAGAGAGGAUCCUUUGCCUGCUCGGUCGUUGCGGACGGGCACGUGAAGCACUGUGUGAUCAACAGGACAUCUACAGGCUACGGUUUCGCCGAGCCCUAUAACCUGUACUCGUCGCUCAGAGAGCUGGUCCUCCACUAUCAGCACGCAUCCCUGAUCCAACACAACCAGCAGCUGAAUGUAACCCUGGCCUGGCCUGCUCUCAGCCAGCAGCCCAGCUGAGAAACCACCAGCAUGCCACACUGAUAGCACUUUCUCCAUGCUUCACUAUACGAGCACUCGGAAGAUGAAAACUAAACAAAAACAGAGGGACACUGUUAAACCAGCUCAAACUGAAAGAAAAUGUUAUUUUUUUAUAUCAAACUCUCCUAAAAAAAACAUGAUGUCAUAUCAAAAUAUCAAAAAUAGCAACUUUUCCAAAGUAGUUUUAAGGAUAAAUACAAUUGGUAUGUUUUUCUUGUUGGGCAAUAGUUACACAUCAAUCAAUAGUUAUCAAUCAAUCAAUCAAUCAAAUCAAUCGUCACAUCCGUAAUUAUUAUUCAGACUCAUUUAUUUUACUAAUAUAGUAUUUAAGUAGCUUAGUUUACUAUUAAUUUUCAAAAUACAACAAUUGAAUAAGCGGCACGGUGGUCGAGUGGUUACCGCGCAGACCUCACAGCUAGGAAACCAGGGUUCGAUUCCACCCGUCUCUCGCCCGAAGGCAGCUUGGAUAGACUCCAGCACCCCCCACAACAGUAUCACUCGGAUAUUGUGAACAUCCAGCAGCAACACAACAUUUUGGCAUGACUACUAUUUUGAUGAAAAAUAUACUGAACCAGGGCUGCACACAGGCUUCAGAGCUAAGAGACCCAAGUUCAAUUCCACCCUCGGCCAUCUCUGUGUGGAGUUUGUAUGAAAAAUUAGUCUUUUCCGCAUUGUUUUUUUUUUUAUUUUCCAUAUAUUUCUUAAUUAAUUUUAUGACUUUAUUUCUUAAAUAAUGUUCGUAAAUUUUCCGUUUGUGAUAUUGACUUUAUUCCGCAAUAUUUUGACUUUAUUUCAAUAAUUUAACUUUUUUUCCCUCUAACUUGAAUUUUUACAAAAAUUACAAUUUCGUUUUGUUUUGUUUGCGUAACACUAUGCUACAAAAAUGGCAUUACAUAUAUGGCAUUAUUAUUAUUAUUAAAAUGGCAUUAUAUAUAUAUUUUUUUUUGUUUGUUUUUUUUUGUUUUUUGUUAGUUUUUUGUUUUUUUUUAAUUCCAACUGUAUUCCCAUAAGUUGACUUUACUCUCAUAACAAAACUUUUUCCGCAUCAAGUUAUGUCAUUUGUUAUUUUGGUGGUUUCUCAUAAUAUUUCGACUUUUUGAAAAUUAGCAUCUUUUUUCUCUAAUAUAUUAGCUUUUUGCCACAAAAAUUAUGUUAUUUUUUUCUAAUAGUAUUACAAUGUUACUUGUCCACUUUUUUUUAUAUUUUGACUUUAUUUUUGUACAAUUACUGCAGAUUUUUCCAUUUCUUUAUUUUUAUUUUUUUUUUAUUUACGUUUUCUUGUUCUUGUCACUCCUGGUCUGACCUUUCAGAACGAAUUAAAUACCAAAAACCGAACAGUACAGUGUAGUGGUAGUAAUUUAAUAACAAAGUCCAGUCCGAUUCAUAAAUUAAAAGAUUUAAACUGGAGUAAAUCGUCCAUUUAUAUUCAUGUGUGUCCACACGGGGGUGAAAAAAAAGCACAAUAAAAAGCCCAUUUGGCGUACUGUACUGGAAGAUUUGGUUCCAGUUCAGCCAUUAUUUCUACUUUUAGCAAAAUCAAGAUGAAAUCCAUCAGCCGUGUUAGGACGACUCAGUACAAUCAACAUAACAGUCGGCGGUAAGGAUUACUCUUGAAUUGAAUGCGUUUACAUUUCAGAUCUGUCCAGGUCUAGACAGAUGUGCUCGCUUUGAUUGUGCUUGCGCGUAUGAAUAUUACAGUAUAUUACAGUAUAUAUGUUCUAAUAACACAGUAUGGCGCCUACUUGGGCUCAUAACUCAGUGCUUUCGUUAAUCCUGACAUAUCGAAAAAAACUAAAAGUCAUGCAUGCCUGGUGUGAUUUGCUGUGGAAUUGACGGUCAUGAACCGGUCGUUUGAAACUCGAAAGUUUUUUACUAAAUCGGGACUCACGGGUAUUUGUCUCUAACGUCACCUGCUACUACUAGAAAACCAGUUCAUACGUCAUUAAUUGUGCAACUGUUACUUUAACUGCAUUUGUAUAAAUGUAUUCAUACCCGUGGAAAACGCAACUGAUUCACAAACGGGUCACUAAAACUUAGCCUGCGAGUGGAGUUUUCACGGACUCACGGGUACUGGAUGAAAACUUGACUUGUUGAAUCCUAGGUCCUCAACGAAGACUCACGUUUUACUGACGGGUACUCGGCAAAAAAAAGUUUCUAACUCAACAUUUACUCAACAAAUUUUGUUUCGAGUUUCACUGACUUACGGGUACUCGUCAAAGACUUGUGUUUCUGACUCACAGGUAGCAGACAAUGAUUCAAGUUUCACUAACCCACGGGUACCGGAAGACUCAAGAUUCACUUAUUCACGGGUACUCAAUGAAUACUUAUGUUUGUUUGUUUUUUAGUCAUGGACAAAGAAUGUCAUUGACUCAAAGGCAUUUGAUGAAGACUGGAGAUUCUGACUCAUGGGUACUAGACAAAGACUCAAGUUUCACUGACUUAUGGAUACUCGACAAGACUCGGGUUUCUGACUCAUGGGUACUAGACAAAGACUCAAGUUUCACUGACUUAUGGAUACUCAAAAAGACUCAAGUUUCUGACUCAUGAGCACUAGACAAAGACUCAAGUUUCAGUGACUUAUGGAAACUCGAAAACACUUGAGUUCCUGACUCAUGGGUACUAGACAAAGACUCAAGUGUGACUGACUUAUGGAUACUCAAAAAGACUUGGGUUUCUGACUCAUGGGUACUAGACAAAGACUCAAAUUUCACUGACUUACGGAUACUCGAAAAGACUCAAGUUUCUGACUCAUGAGCACUAGACAAAGACUCAAGAUUUUGUCUCAUGGGUACUAGACAAAGACUCAAGUUUGACUGACUUAUGUAUACUCAAAAAGACUUGGGUUUCUGACUCAUGGGUACUAGACAAAGACUCAAGUUUUACUGACUUACGGAUAUUCGACAAAACUUGGGUUUCCGACUCAUGGGUACUGGACAAAGACUGAAGUUUCUGACUCAUGAGCACUAGACAAAGACUCAAGUUUCAGUGACUUUUGGAAACUCAAAAAGACUCGGGUUUCUGACUCAUGGGCACUAGACAAAGACUCAAGUUUCACCGACUUAUAGAUACUCGAAAAGACUCAAGUUUCUGACUCAUGAGCACUAGACAAAGACUGAAGUUUCUGACUCAUGAGCACUAGACAAAGACUCAAGUUUCAGUGACUAAUGGAAACUUGAAAAGACUCGGGUUUCUGACUCAUGGGUACUAGACAAAGACUCAACUUUCACCGACUCACGUGUAUUCCACAAACACUUGUGGUACUCGAGUCAGUUACUCACGUGUAGUCGACAGAGACUUGAAUCUCACAGACUCACAGUUGCUCGAAGACUGCAGUACCGUAAAAAUCGAGUACCCGAUUCACUUUUACUAUUAAUGUGUGUGUGAGUGCUUGUGUUUUUUUUUGUUUCCGUUUCACAAUUUAUCACAUAUAUUUUGAUGUAAAAUAUUGAAAAACAUUUUCAACAUUGUGCAGCCGAGAAAGAGAAACAUAGUUAACCUUCCUCUUGUGUUAGCUUUCUGGUAGCAUCUCUUAUGUUUUGACCCAUGUAUUAAAUCAGCUAUAAAAUACACUAAAAACAAUAACCAUCAAAUUUGGGUUUCAUGUCUUGGUUACCUUCUUAGGCUUCCUCAUCCAUGAAAAUGUUGCUUUUAAUACUUUUGGCCUUUUUUUGUCACUAUACCCCUCCAUUUCAAUUUCCAAAAAUGGUCAAAUGAACCUCAAAAGAAUAUUAUGAAAUGAAUAAAUUGAAGGUUCUUUUGUUACCUGGCUAUUACUGAGGGAUAUAGAACAUAUCUCUUAAAUCAAUGAGUUAGAUUUAUGUUCUCAUUUUAGUAUGAAUCACUAAAGAAACAUCUAUGGUGUUGGGGUCAAUUUUGACCCAUAUAUAUUCAUGUCAAGAAAAGGUAGAAAAACUUAUUGUUUUCACCAACACAACUUUAGUAUAAAGUGGAAUCAAAAAGCAGAACAGGUCCACAUCUUGGUUCACUCUACUUCUUGACAUUCUUUACAUGAUCCAAAUUGUUCUUUACGUGAUCCAAAUUGUUCUUUACAUGAUCCAAAUUGUUCUUUCCGUGAUCCAAAUUGUUCUUUCCGUGAUCCAAAUUGUUCUUUCCGUGAUCAAAAUUGUUCUUUCUAUGAUCAAAAUUGGUCUUUCUAUGAUCAAAAUUGUUCUUUCCAUGAUCCAAAUUGUUCUUUCCGUGAUCCAAAUUGUUCUUUACGUGAUCCAAAUUGUUCUUUCCAUGAUCCAAAUUGUUCUUUCCAUGAUCCAAAUUGUUCUUUCCAUGAUCCAAAUUGUUCCUUACAUGAUCCAAAUUGUUCCUUACAUGAUCCAAAUUGGUCUUUCCAUGAUCCAAAUUGGUCUUUCCAUGAUCCAAAUUGUUCUUUACAUGAUCCAAAUUGGUCUUUCCAUGAUCCAAAUUGGUCUUUCCAUGAUCCAAAUUGGUCUUUACAUGAUCCAGAUUGGUCUUUACAUGAUCCAGAUUGUUCUUUACAUGAUCAAAAUUCUUCUUUCCGUGAUCCAAAUUGUUCUUUACAUGAUCAAAAUUGUUCUUUACAUGAUCAAAAUUUGUCUUUCCAUGAUCCAAAUUGUUCUUUCCGUGAUCCAAAUUGUUCUUUCCAUUGAUCCAAAUUGUUCUUUACAUGAUCCAAAUUGUUCUUUCCGUGAUCCAAAUUGUUCUUUCCAUGAUCCAAAUUGGUCUUUCCAUGAUCCAAAUUCUUCUUUCCAUGAUCCAAAUUGUUCUUUACAUGAUCAAAAUUGUUGUUUACAUGAUCCAAAUUGUUCUUUCCAUGAUCAAAAUUUUUCUUUUUAUGAUCCAAAUUGUUCUUUCCAUGACCCAAAUUGUUCUUUACAUGACCCAAAUUGUUCUUUCCAUGAUCCAAAUAGUAAAUGUGAAAUCAUCCAUCAGUCAAAUGAGUGAAUUCCCCUCCCAUGUGUGGACCUUGUUUUUCUGCUGGUAUCCUGGAAAAGCGGUCAAAAUGAGAAUCCCCUGAAGCUUCCAUGAUGAGAAGAGGAGCUGGUUGUCAUUGUGUUGGCUAAUUGGACACUUAUGAUUUCAGUUGGGGCUCCAAAUAUUGCUUUAUAGUCAUAUUAUUAUUAUUAUAACCGGGUCCAAACCAACCCUAACAAUACAGUGGUCAUAAUUUCAACCAGACCAUUUUAAAUUUAGUAAAAAAAAAAAUAUUUGGUUUUAUUUUGUUGAAAUAGAGUUUCCUGACAAAGUCAAAAAACCUUGAUGCAAUAAACAAAUGUUAUGUGAUUCUUUUUAUGCAUUAAAAUGUAAAACAGGUCGGUGUCGAACCCUAACACAAGAGGAGGGUUAAAGCACAGGAAUUUGCACAGCAGCUCCAAAAGAGGGGGCAACAUGAAGCAUAUUUUUUGCACUAAUGCAUCUGAUCCGAUGUGGAGUUAUGAUGACUGUUCCAUGUUGUCGUUUCGUAUCACUGUAACUGAAAGCAAGCCGAUUCGCGAUGGUGCUAAGUGUGCUGACUGAUGUCAUACGACUGAAAGAGCACUAAGAAGACAGUGCUUGUGUGUGGCAUUUAAACCACGUUCACAACAGUAUUUUAUUAUUAUUAUUAUUAUUAUUAUUAUUAUUAUUAUUAUUAUUAUUUCAAGUAGAUGACUUUGUAUUCCCCUAAGUGUGCGCCAUUUUUUUUUUGUGUUGGUGUAAAUAUUUCGUCACUGUGCAAAAAGAAACAAACUUAGCCUAGUUUAAUGCACGUAAAAUGCUCACUUUGUACAAUUUUAUUGAUAUAACCAGAUCGAGUUGUCUAAUUUUACUUUGCACCUUAUGUUCAAGAAAUUACGAUUUAAUGGCAAUAACCACGUUUUUUUUUAUGGAAGUAAACAAAAAUAAUGUCUACCAAAAUGUGCCAUAGUAGACAAGUGUUUAAUACACACUCAUUUAUCGGUGGCGGCCCAAAAAACAGAUUUGAUGCAAAUGAAGCUUGCCAUUACGACUCCAUAGAUAUCAUCAUAACACACCCGGUCGGCUAAAGAAUAAGAAGAUGUUGCAAGAGGGAUCCAAAUUGUUCUUUCCAUGAUCCAAAUUGUUCUUUCCAUGAUCCAUAGAUAUCAUCAUAACACACCCGGUCGGCUAAAGAAUAAGAAGAUGUUGCAAGAGGGAGCCAAAUUGUUCUUUCCAUGAUCCAAAUUGUUCUUUCCAUGAUCCAUAGAUAUCAUCAUAACACACCCGGUCGGCUAAAGAAUAAGAAGAUGUUGCAAGAGGGAUCCAAAUUGUUCUUUCCAUGAUCCAAAUUGUUCUUUCCAUGAUCCAAAUUGUUCUUUCCAUGAUCCAUAGAUAUCAUCAUAACACACCCGGUCGGCUAAAGAAUAAGAAGAUGUUGCAAGAGGGAGCAAAAUUGUUCUUUCCAUGAUCCAAAUUGUUCUUUACAUGAUCCAAAUUGUUAUUUCCAUGAUCCAUAGAUAUCAUCAUAACACACCCGGUCGGCUAAAGAAUAAGAAGAUGUUGCAAGAGGGAGCAAAAUUGUUCUUUCCAUGAUCCAAAUUGUUCUUUCCAUGAUCCAUAGAUAUCAUCAUAACACACCCGGUCGGCUAAAGAAUAAGAAGAUGUUGCAAGAGGGAGCCAAAUUGUUCUUUCCAUGAUCCAAAUUGUUCUUUCCAUGAUCCAUAGAUAUCAUCAUAACACACCCGGUCGGCUAAAGAAUAAGAAGAUGUUGCAAGAGGGAGCCAAAUUGUUCUUUCCAUGAUCCAAAUUGUUCUUUCCAUGAUCCAAAUUGUUCUUUCCAUGAUCCAUAGAUAUCAUCAUAACACACCCGGUCGGCUAAAGAAUAAGAAGAUGUUGCAAGAGGGAUCCAAAUGGUUCUUUCCAUGAUCCAAAUUGUUCUUUCCAUGAUCCAAAUUGUUCUUUACAUGAUCCAAAUUGUUCUUCCCAUGAUCCAAAUUGUUCUUCCCAUGAUCCAAAUUGUUCUUCCCAUGAUCCAAAUUGUUCUUCCCAUUAUCCAAAUUGUUCUUUCCAUGAUCCAAAUUGUUCUUUCCAUGAUCCAAAUUGUUCUUUCUAUGAUCCAAAUUGUUCUUUACAUGAUCCAUAGAUAUCAUCAUAACACACCCGAUCGGCUAAAGAAUAAGAACAUGUUGCAAGAGGGAUCGGUGUUACAAACUUAGCAACUGUCGUUAUAUUUACCUAGUAUUCAGACUCCUUUGUAGCGACAUAUUCCGGUCAGUUUUGCUCUUCUCAACGAGCAGCGGGGUCCUGCUGCGAGGCAUCCCCUCCAUCAAAAAGCACUCACGGACGGUCACUCUGUUUUGCUUGUGAAAUACAAAAAAAAGCAAAGAUAGUUAGUUUGGAUUUCAAAACUUAUUUAUGUUUUAGGUUUAGGUUUUUGUUCUCUUUACACCGUAAUGACCCAUUUUAUAAAAACCUGAGUUAAACCAGAAGACUUAUUUAGCAUGGGGGGGAAAAAAUAAUCUAAAAUCUAAAACAAGAUUACAGAUUUAGGAAAGUUGUGUUUCAGUUUGAGCUGUGCAUAUGAUCAAAUACCUCUCUACGUGUUUGUGUAUUUCACUCAACUGUUUCUGUGACCUUGACUUGUUGCUCUUGUGACUGUCGGAAAUUGUCCCAUCACAAAUCUUUUAGCUGCACUUAAUAGUUUAUUGCUGUGAAGAAAAAUACUGUUAACGUAAAUGUUUGUUUACUACUUCAAUUAUGCAAUGGCAUUGUGCGUUUUGUCGCGGUAGCUUGUCUUUCUUUUAGGAGUCUGCAGUCACCUGAGGACACGUGUUGGUUUAAAACCAUUUCGUUGGUGUAAAACUUAUUGUCCUUCUUUAACUUCUUCCAUUGUUCAUGUAUGCACUUUAAUUACUAAAUAAAGUAAACAUUGUAAAUGA